AUGAAAAAGCUUUUCGUUUAUUUUUCAGCAGAUCAGUCACGGGAAAGAGGUAUCACAAUUGACAUUGCUCUGUGGAAGUUUGAGACAACUAAGUAUUACUGCACUGUCAUUGAUGCCCCCGGACACAGAGAUUUCAUUAAGAACAUGAUUACUGAAACAUCCCAAGCUGAUUGUGUUGUCCUUAUCAUUGAUUCCACUACUGGUGGUUUUGAAGCUGGUAUUUCUAAGGACGGUCAGACCCGUGAACAUGCUCUCCUUGCUUUCACUCUUGGUGUGAAGCAAAUGAUUUGCUGCUGUAACAAGAUGGAUGCCACUACUCCCAAGUACUCUAAUGCUAGGUAUGAUGAAAUUGUGAAGGAAGUUUCAUCCUAUUUGAAGAAGGUUGGCUACAACCCAGACAAAAUUCCAUUUGUUCCCAUCUCUGGUUUUGAGGGAGAUAACAUGAUUGAGAGCUCUACAAACCUUGAUUGGUACAAAGGUCCAACCCUUCUUGAAGCCCUUGACCAAAUUAAUGAACCUAAGAGGCCAUCAGACAAGACCCUCCGGUUACCGCUUCAGGAUGUCUACAAGAUUGGAGGAAUUGGUACUGUGCCUGUGGGGCAUGUCGAGACCGGUGUCUUGAAAUCUGGAUUUGUCGUGACUUUUGCGCCCACUGGACUGUCAACUGCAUUACUAGUGUUGUUUUGAUGAGAGAUGCAGAUGGUAGGUCAAAGCGUUUUGGUUUUGUCAAUUUCAAAAAUCCAAACAAUGUUGCUAAUGUUGUGGAGGCAUUGAAUGGGUGUCCUUGGGAAGUGGACCAUGGGAUCAGAUUUUUGGUGGAGGAAACUCUCCAGCCUUUGUCGUGGCAGCUGUUGCAGCCCUUAUGAGUGGGCUCUUAGCUGACAGGUUUGGAAGAUUUGCAAUUCAAUUGAUGGGAUUCUUCUUGGUGCACGAUUAUUCUCUCUUCGAUGGUUCCAGAUCUGCCCUUACUCUCCAAUUUUGAUCAACGAAAAUAUGUGUCAUUGUUCAAACAACCGUUAUCUAUCCUGUUUUGGACGCAUUUUCUUAUUCUGUUGAUUGAUCAUGGCUUCGUUUCGUUAGAGUCGCGUUGCUUCUUCUUCGGUGUUUGUCAUGCAAUUUAGUUAUUAUUAAUAGAUUAUAAUAGUGGCUUAUAUUCCCACCGACGAUCAUUCUGGUGAUGUACCUUUUUCCACAUAUGAAUCAUAUUAGUGAUGACUUCUUCCUCCGUUGAUGGUUAUUUUGACGGUGUCUUUUAUUUUCAUGACUU